AUGGCCGCCAAAAUAGCAGCGAUGAACAUGAAGAUCACGGAAGCAGACCUGAAGAUUGGUGUGAUGGAGUCGUUCAGAGACAGCUACCUUGACGUCCGACAAAGGACCGUCGCCACGUGGAUCCGAGAUGCCUUGAAUAAAGGCACCGGACGCCGGGUCAAGGAUAUCCGGCGACUAAAUAAAGAAGUCCUCCACGGCGGCGACAUUCGGUGCGACUCGGUGCUGGUAACUGAACGGUACAGGAAGGACAGUACUGAACGCAAACAGUUCAGUACUCUCUAUGGCCUCGCUGCGGAGGAGGUCAAUGCUCUUGGUAUUAUCAUAAAUCCCCUCAAUGCUCAUUCUUCGCUAAUAUAUUCCAGACCAUCGAAAAUGCGACGGCUCGUUCCAGGCAUUGAAUAG